AUGAGGGCGGUUUUUGGUAAGAGGCCUCGACUGGCCUCCAUUCGAUGCCGUGCGGGCGUGGCCAGGCGGUCGCCCUGCAUCGUCGGUUGCCUGACCUACUCCACGGAGGCGUGCAUUGCGGCGCAUACGCGGCGGGAACAGGUGAAGUUGACUUGCCGCUCCUUGCACAGUGCGUUGGGCUCGCUCUUAGAGGAUCGUCAGUGUUUAUACCGCGAAGCGGUUCUCACCUCAAAGCUCUCCCCGCAUCGACAUGCGUUGCAGAAGCUCCUGCGGAGGAACCCCACACCCGACGUUGGAGCCGUCGUUGAGGCCGAGUUAACGAGGGAGAAACUCUUGGAGUGUAUGGAGGGAUGGGUAGGCGGAGGGAAUGAUGGGGAAAGUUCCCUGCUGGACUUUUACAACGCGAUUCUCUUAAGCUCGGUUGUCAAAUCGGAUGCUGAUGUACGCCUGGUUUUGGAUGUGAUGCGGGAUCAUGACCAGCUGGAGCCAAAUGUGGACACCUACAUUGCCAUCAUGCUCUCACUUAUCGCGGGACGUGGUGAGUCAAGUCGUCCGGCCGCUGAUGCGGCGUUUUAUUACUUUGGUCAUGCUUUGAAGUCAAGGGGAGAAUCCUUUAUCACAGAUAAGUUGUGGGGGACUUUGUUUAUUGCGUGUGCCGUUAUGGAGGCUGCAGGGAAGAUAGUCGAUCAGUGGUGGGAUCUUCUUGUGAAAACCUGUGAGGUUGCAUCUGCCCCGCUACCGUAUACCGCCGUCCAUGCCGCUCUGACGUGGUGCUCUGCGAAUCGUGAUGUGGAGCGAGUCAUGCGUUUUUUUCACACCGCAAACAGUAAAGGUGUCGUUGUUGUUCCCGCGAAUGGGGAAUUACCUUGCGCCAUUGACCGUGGGGGUCUCACCGAACCAAGCGAGGACAAGCUUGUGCAGAUGUGUCAGUUGAAGCUUCUGGUGAAGCUGAUGGUCACAGUAAAGUCCAUUAAAAUGGAUGGUGGCCUUCGUGAGCUGGUAAUUAAGGACAUUCGACGCCUUAUUGGGGCGGAUCUGUUGAGAACUGCACCUUGGGGUGUUAUUAAUGACCUCUUGAGUGGCCUCUCCAUGCCAAGUGCCAUGCAAUUGUUGAAGUUUCGCUCUAUGGACCUUCCAGAGAGGGAUGGUGCCAUUCCGUUCGCACUAUGGGCCUCACUCCUGCGCCGAUGUGCCAGGGACCAUCACAUUGAUCAGGCAGAGGCUGUUUUUCUCUUUAUUCGCAAGCGGUUUCAACUAACAAGCGAGGAAAAGGCGGAGUUGGUGGAAAUUAUGAUGCGUAUGUUUGCGACGUUGCCCCAAGGAGAUUUUGCCUCCGCCAUGGCUCUCUUUUUGGAACACGUCUUGCGCCACCCCAACGGGGAGCCCUCGGUGAGGCCCAACGCAACGAUGUACAACCUGCUGAUUCGUGCUGGGGACUCGCGCAAUGCCGCAAUGAUGACAUUUCUUGAGGCGUGUGCUGCAGGGGUUGGGACAAAUGAUGAAACCUUUGAGACGGUCAUGGGCUGUCACCGCCACACCGCCCUCGCAUCGCUUACGCGGAAGCUGCCCCACGAUUACCAUGCCUCUAAGCUGGACGAGCAGCUUCACAUCCCAGCGAACGUGGAUGCCCAUUUGCGCCGAGAGGAGGCGAUGAAACUGCGCGGGAAACAGUUGGUGGACUCAACAGGAGAGGUAAACUGA